AUGCAUGUUUUGAAGGAAAAAGAGAUUUUUGUUUUUAGCCAUCCAUCCAUCAAGGUCAAUGCAAUUGUCCCAAAGAAAUUCCUAUCGUAUUUGAAUAAGGGAGGGAGACUGGUUAGAUUUAUUGGACGGAGUGUUAUUGCAUCCAAUUUGGAUGUGGAGAGAUUGGAGGCUGGCCCUGGUGAGAUGAGGGAUGUUAUCAAGGUUGAUAAACUUUUUGAGGGCCUGCUGGCUGCCGUCCUCGGACAGUUACAUCCACACUUGUUCGGAAGCAGCAGGCCGGCAAGAUGGGCUACUUUGGUACAAAGACACAGGGCAGCAUAUGAAUGGUGA